AUGGCUACAACAACGAAUCAAAGUCGAUGCCGACGACAACAUUUAGGUUUAUUUUGGACGAUGGUCAUGCAAGCGAUUGUGAUAUAUAAUGAACUUAGGCGUCGUGCACGACAUCUUCCAAGAGCUCCUCAUACAAAUUGGAAUUCUGAAAGAGAAAUAACACUUACACGAAUGUUUGGCACGAGUGAUACAAUAUGUCGUGAUCUCCUUAGGAUGAAAAUAGGUCCAUUUCAAAGAUUAUGUGUUCAUUUGCGAACUUGUGGAUUGGUUGACAGUAAAUACGUUCAAAUGGAGGAACAAGUCGCAAUUUUUUUGAAUACAGUCGGGCAUGACCAAUGUAAUCACGCUAGACGUUUUACUUUCUUUUGCUCUGGUCAAACAGCGAGCUUUUACUUUCACAGAGUCUUAGACGCUUGUCUUGGACUGUAUAGAGAUGUUGUGGAUGUCGUAGGAGCAAUCGAUGGUACACAUAUUGCUGCGUAUGUGCCUUUAGAGGAGCAAGGUAAAUAUCGCAAUAGAAAGCAAGUGAUUUCUCAAAAUGUUUUAGUAGCUUGCACAUUCGAUAUGAAAUUUACGUAUAUGCUUGCUGGUUGGGAGGGAUCCGCACAUGAUGGUCAGUUGUUACGGAGUGCAAUAUUACACCAAGGACAUAAGCUAAUAAUUUCUAUUGGUAAAUAUUAUCUUGUUGAUGCUGGCUUCCCAUCGGUUUCGGGUUUUCUUGCACCAUACCGUAGGACUCGUUAUUAUCGUAGAGACAUUGAAGGUCAACGUCCUGAAAGUAGCAAAGAGUUGUUCAAUUUUCGACAUUCAUCUCUACGUAAUGUUAUUGAGCGUACAAUUGGUUUGCUGAAAAAAAGAUUUGCAUAUUUGAGACAUCAACCCUAUCACGACAUUGACACACAAGCAAAGAUAGUCAUUGCCUGUUCUGUCAUCCACAACUUCUUAAGGAUUGAUGACGUUGAAGAUGUUUGUGAGGAGGACGACUUAGAUAGUAGUGAUGAUGAGGUUAACCCUACGCAUGUUGAUGUACCUGAAGAUGAAACUCCAAAUGCUCACAUAUCUUUCACAAAUCAAGAAGUGUGGUCUAAUAAGAGGAAUGCGAUUGCUGAUUUAAUGUGGGCUGAUUAUCUUUCCAAUCAGAAUGCAGGAAUUGAUUUUGAUUGA